GGGGGCGGAGCUUGUGCAGUCAGCGCAGAAGUCACACAAAUCACGGAUCAGGAAUAGUAGCGAGCGCUGAAAUAGUUUGUGGAGCAGACACUGCGAGUUCUUGUGGUGCGAGGGCAGAAAGGCGACAUUUCUUUGCUCCAGUUACUCUAAUCACAAAUGUGUGCCGCCAAAUGCGGAAGUGCUGGCGCCCUGGUGUCCGGAAGUGCCAACCUGCAAGCGUGACGUCAGUGCCUCCGUGGCGAACCCGGAAGUGGUGCGUUGCCGGGAGACAUGGCGCUGACUGCUGGGACUGGAGGAGCUGAUACUGAGAGGGACAUGAAGCAACAGCCAGAAGGAAAUGGGGAGCCCGGGGCCUUGUCCGGGGGAAACCGGCGCCUCAAGUACCUGAGUCUGGCCGUGCUGGUGGUACAAAACGCGUCUCUGAUUCUCAGCAUCCGAUAUGCCCGCACCCUGCCAGGAGAGCGCUUCUUCUCCACCACCGCUGUAGUUAUGGCUGAGAUCCUGAAGGGCAUCACUUGUCUGCUGCUUAUGCUGCUGCAGAAAAGAGGUAACGUCAAGGAGCUGGCUCUGUACUUAUAUGAUGCCAUUGUUGUGCAGUACAUGGACACCCUCAAGCUGGCAGUGCCCUCACUGAUAUACACCCUACAGAACAAUCUCCAGUAUGUGGCCAUCUCCAACCUUCCUGCAGCCACUUUCCAGGUGACCUAUCAGCUGAAGAUCCUCACGACCGCCUUAUUCUCGGUGCUGCUCCUGAGGAAGAGCCUGACACGACUGCAGUGGGGAUCCCUGGUGAUUCUGUUUGCUGGGGUGGCCAUUGUUCAGGCUGAACAGUCCGGGGCUAAUGAAAGUGUGGCUGACAGUGGUCAGAGCUAUGUGGUGGGAUUGGUGGCCGUGGCUGUCUCCUGUCUGUCCUCUGGCUUUGCAGGAGUGUAUUUUGAACGGAUCCUGAAGGGCAGUUCGGCUUCUGUGUGGCUUCGGAAUGUUCAGUUGGGAAUCUUUGGAACGGCAUUAGGGCUACUGGCAAUGUGGCAACAAGAUGGAGCUGCAGUGGCUGAGCGUGGCUUCUUUCACGGUUACACGCCACUUGUGUGGUGCGUCAUCUUUAACCAAGCCUUCGGGGGGCUGCUUGUGGCUGUGGUAGUGAAAUACGCAGACAACAUUCUGAAAGGCUUUGCCACAUCUCUGUCGAUUGUGGUCUCAACGGCGGCCUCAGUCCAUCUUUUUGGCUUCCAUGUGGACAUCCCUUUUGCAGUUGGAGCUGGGCUUGUGAUUGGUGCCGUCUAUCUCUACAGUCUCCCCCGGAAACCAGAUGUUUCAUCCAGUUCCCAGACUUCAUCACAAACAAAUACCUUCCUGCCAAAGUCAGUGCUCAUCAAGUGAACCUACUGGUUGAUGACUGGGCUUUAAUGGGAGCUGGCAAAGUGGGCAAGUUUCAGGGGUGGGUCAGGUUCCGUUGCUGCUCUCUGAUAACAUCUUGCUGCUCUCCAGCUCCUACUAACAUGAUCCAGAAGUGGAACAUUACGUGCACAUACCCCCGAGACCAAAUUCUAAACUAACAUUCUAGUAUUGGGAGGAUGGCAAUGGUACUGGUCGCCGAGCAGGAGGGCGGCAAUGAUAUAUUUGUAUAAAGAUUUGUACAUUGAAGAGUCUGUAUUUCAAAUAUGAAACACACAAAAUAUUAUGUUUGGGCUUUGGGGCAUUGAUGUAAUUUAUUUAUAUAUAUAUAUAUAUAUAUAAUGUAUGGACAGACCAGCACAGUGAAUGUACUUACCUCCUGCCCAGCCUAGGGUUUCUGUGGGUUCCCGUCAUAUUCGCUGGAAGGGAUUCACUGUACAAGACCCCUUCACAUCACCUGCAGUAUGGAUAACCCCCCCCCCCCCAUGGGCUAAGCCAGGGGAGAUUGUAUCCCCGUUGGUGGUGCUUGUACCCUACCAGGAAAUGGGCAGCACCCGGUCUUGUAGCAGUGAGAAGUGUAAAACUGGACCUGCCCAGUAAGAGAAUAAACUGCCACUCAUUCAAUGAGCACCUUCAACUGAAGAAGCCACUAGGCUGCUUAAACCAUCAAGCGAGUCCAGUUGCUGACUGAUCACUAGUAGCCAUUAUCUGGAUGAAACUGCCCCUAGUGAAUAAAAGAGAGAAGCCUCCUCCAAUGUCUGCCUUCUCUUAGCCAAUGCUUGGGGAAUGUGGCAUAGAAUUCAUCUCUCAUUCCUUGUGCCAAAGGGUCCCCCCCAUUAGGAAUUGGCUGCUGCUGCUAUAGGUGGAGGAACACAGAAAAUAAUAUUUGCAAGGGAGGGAUUUUCUUUAACUAAAUAAACAAAUUGUGCAAGGGCACAUUGAAAGGAAGGGUGUAACCCUCAAUGUGCCACACCUACCAGAAAUUGAUUCCCUCCCACCCAUGGCUCUUCUCGUGCAUGAUCUUUCUUGUACUCAAAUAUUAUUGUACAAUAAAAGACUUUUGUAUGGC